CUGCGAUUAGCCCUGACCAGAAUGACCGAGUUUAAUGCGCUGAUCCGCUUGGUGCUCUAUUUCUGUUGUGUUUUGUGUACUGGAGUUGCUUUGUUCGAGGACCAAAUCGGUUUAUUUGACUGGAACCAAAAGUACAUCGGUAAAGUUCAGUUUGUUGCUGAAUGGCGCGAUCACCCAAAGAGUACUGUGUUCCUUGGGUCCGCGAAGAACGCCAUUGCUUCCAUCUUUCUCAGAAAUGGAUCUUCAGUGAAACAGCUUUCCCCCAAGACGCUCGUAUUUUGAGCACUCCGUUAGCGCACAAUGACACACAUUUGCAUGUGGUGGUCUUGACAUUCUCACAACCAAAACAUUCAGGCGGUACGUUAGCGGGGACUGUGUCGGUCGUAUCGAUACAAAAACACCAGCCUCAGCAAUCCACUGUCUUACAUUUCCAAAAGUUCAGUGCUCCGUGGGUGACACCGGACUGGGAUAGCUCCAACUGUCUGCUCUUGGCGAACGCAGAUCUCUUCCUCGUUUGUCUAUCGUCACAUGUGUCUAAUGCGUCUGGGGUGCUUCACCUUCUCAACUUGGAUCCCUCAGCUGGUGUCAGUGAUUGGACUAACGUAGAGCUCCAUCAGCGCACGACGAAGAUACUGCAGCUCACAAAUACUAGCUUCAUCAUCACGUCUCCUAGCGGAUCGGGCGAGGUUUUUGAACUAGGUUCCACCGGAAAGCUUCGAACGAAGUAUCGCUUGAACGAAGCCAUGUUCGCUCAUCUGGUUUCGCUAAAUGGACGCGACUAUUUGUUCACAGCAUCACACAAUGCAGAACAGCCGUUCAAGAACUUCAAUUUAACCGUUUACGAUGCAAACACUGGGGAAUUGUGCGCUGAGCUCCCGAGGCGUCAAUGGACCAUAGCCAAGCAUCACGGCGAAGUGGAGUCGAUACGUGCCAUGAUAUUCAUUGAUUCUACUGGUGCUCUGAGCUUUCGUUUGCUCGUGCAGACCGAGGAUCAUGCUAUCCAACUCGUUCGACAGAAUGGUCAACAACAGUGGUUGCGCGAUGAGUCACUAGCUGACAUCGUAGCUGUUGAGAUGGUCGACUUGCCGGUUUCUGAAUCUCAAGCCAAAAUGGAAGAGGAAUUCGGUCAUUCCACAAGUCAACAACAGUGGUUGCGCGAUGAGUCACUAGCUGACAUCGUAGCUGUUGAGAUGGUCGACUUGCCGGUUUCUGAAUCUCAAGCCAAAAUGGAAGAGGAAUUCGGUCAUUCCACAAGCAAUAUUUUCGAAAUGUUCGCGAAGCGUCUGCACACUCAACUCGCGCAGUUAUGGGUGUUUAUCCGAGAUUGCGCCGCUGGAUUUCCUCAAACCAUAUCCGCAUUCAUACGUUCUCCAUCGUCAUUCAUGUCGUCAUUUUCUGAUCGUCGCGGCCUGCCUACCAGAUCCUUCCAACCCGCGUACGAGGACGCAGCAUUGCCCGUCGCCACUAUGCCUCCGCGACUUCGACACCCGUUGUUCAUGGCAAAUGAAACUGUGGAUGGUUUGGACCCAGCGGAGAGCCCUCCUAUUCGCAGUAUGAUGAAUGCAUUUUUAACUCGGGACAAUUUCAAUUUGCACAAGAUGAUUGUCGUGGCGACGUCAGUUGGGAAAUUGUUUGGCCUAGAGAGUGAGAAAGGACGCGUGGUUUGGGAACACUUGGUCCCCUCGGCCGGUCUGCUCGCAAACGGAAAGCUAACCUUGUAUCAACAGCGUAAUACAGCACACUUCCCAUUGCCUCCAAUAACCACACUGCUUCUUCGGUCAAAGAAGACGAACCUGCCUAUGCUAUAUUCGUUCAAUCCGAGUACCGGAGUUCCAUUGGAGAAGUUCCCUAAUGAUGUGUUCCAUAUCGACUCAGACGUCAUACAGGCAGUGAUGUUUCCCGGGCCGGUUCACAUCUAUCCUCCCCGUUAUGCCACUGCUCUGGUGGGGGUUCGCACACCUGUCUAUAUGUAUACAAUAGAGCCUGAUCUGGCUCGUCUGACUGGAUACCGCAUACAUCUUUCGUCAGCGCGUCAGCCAGGCAGAGAGGACCCAGUUACAUUCAGGGCCACGCGUGUCUGGCGAAUGCAACUUCGCUCCACCCUGCCACCAGACGGGAAUGGAGAGCAAAACCCAUACCCGCCACACGUCAUUGUAGCAACGGCUUCGCGUCCCAACGGUGAACAUAUCCAUUCCGUUGGUCGUGUGCUUGGUGACCGGAGUGUUUUGUACAAAUAUCUCAACCCCAAUCUAAUCGCCGUCGUGACCGCCGGUGGAUCCGUUGCCAGCCAGACCAACAGUGUCGCCGUGUAUUUGAUUGAUGUGGUCGUCGGCCGUAUCGUCUACAGCGCAGUUAACGCACGUUGCAGUGAGCCGGUCAACCUGGUACACUCCGAGAACUGGAUUGUAUAUACCUACUACAACCACAAAUCGCUGCGGCACGAAGUCACUGUCUUGGAACUCUACGAGCCUACCAAUUACUCGCCAGCUGGUUAUGAGGUCUGCGCCUCCUACUCAGUUCCCGGUCCAGCUCAACUCUUCCUACGAAAUAUAUUUCCUACCGGCUGGCUUCCAAGUUUUGCUCACUCACCUAGCACUGCACAUCAGACGAGUUCUGUUGCUGAUGUGGGUGACGGCCCAGGUACGGAUGAACAUCUUGCUGAGGAUCGCCCACCGUCUCUGGUGGACAGUGGUCGUUCAAUCUUCUCCUCAUUGUUCCGUGCAACUGACUCGGAUGGAAUCUGCAAUACGACUGGAUCCAAUCCACUAAUUCCACAAGUGACUCAACAAUCCUAUAUAUUCAGCACCGCUCCGACUCCCGGUGUGGCAGCAGUCUCACUUACCGAGCGUGGUAUCACUUCGAAAAGCAUCAUUUUUGGUCUGCAGAAAGGUUCUCUGAUUGAACUGCCGAAGACAUUUUUUGACCCUCGUCGGGCAUUGGAUCUAUCUCCGGAGUUGAUGGAAGAAGGAGUACUUCCUUAUACGCCAGUUCUACCUCUCUCCGACCAAGCCGUGAUUUCCUACAACCAAACCAUCAUGGGUGUGCGGGCCAUUCGCACAGCAGCUACGGGACUUGAGUCCACCAGUCUGGUGUUUGCUUACGGCUUGGACUUGUUCUGCACCCGCAUUUCUCCGUCUCUUACGUACGAUCUGCUCAAAGAGGACUUUGAUUAUACGGCAAUCGCAACGGUCACUUUGGGGAUGAUUGUCGCUUCGAUCGCCACACAGCGCCUCGCAGCCAGGCGAGCGGUUUUCCGCGCUUGGGCGUAGACCCCUGCCCACCGGGGGAACUAACAUUCCAAACAAAAUGCUAUUUUCCUUGCAUGUAUCGUUCACCGGCUGUGUUCGAAUGGGCCUUUCUGCCUAUGGUCCGAUGUACACAAAUGAAUAUGUGUUUCCCCCAUUCCUGUGUCUACACUCGCCUCCCUGCCCUCACUUUAAUCUGUCUGGAAUUUCUAUGCAAACCGGGUUCCCGUAGGUUCCGUAUUACAUUAGUUGUUUUCGUGCUAG